AUGUUUAAAAACACAUAUCAAAGUGGACUUUUGACAAUAUUCUACAGUUGUGGAUCUAAUCCUUUAGCAAUAUGGGAUAUGAAGGUUCAGAAUGGUCACGUAAAGAGGCUCACAGAUAACGAAGUUAAUUCCAUAGUUCUUGAAAUUGUGAGUACUAAUGUUGCUACUACUUACAUAACGUGUCCGAGAAGAAAUCAAGUACUAGGAAUAAAAUUACCUUUCCUGGUUAUGAUUGUUAAAAAUUUAAAAAGAUACUUUUCAUUUGAGAUAACUAUUCUCGAUGAUAAAAACAUGCGAAGAAGAUUCAGAAUAUCUAAUUUCCAAUCAACAACAAAGAUUAAACCAUUUUGUACAACGAUGCCCAUAGGAUUAUCUGGUGGUUGGAAUCAAAUACAAUUUAACUUAGCUGAUUUUACAAAAAGGGCAUAUGGGACACAAUUUAUAGAAACUCUUAGAGUCCAAGUACAUGCAAAUGCGCGGUUAAGAAGGAUUUAUUUCUGUGAACGCCUCUAUACUGAAGAGGAAUUGCCCCAAGAUUAUAAAUUAUAUUUGCCAUUAGAACGCAAGCAAAGGAAAGUUAAAGAGAGUAAAAAAUUAGAAAAACCCGCAGAUGUUGUUUCUAGAGCAACCGCACCUCCACCCCCACCAACACCUCCAGUUGAAGUUGAACCAUUGAUUACGUCCCCAAAAGAACAAAUUUCGCAAAAUGUGAGUGUGCAUACCAUACCUCCAGUAGUUACUGAUAUAACUGACGAAAAACCACCAUCGACAAAAGAAGAACUUUUAGAAAUGAAUGAGGAAGAUGUCGCAGAUGCAACACGCAUCGAAGAAGCAAAGGAGGAAUUCGUUGAAGAUAAUAUGGCUAAACCAGAGGAAGAAUCUCGAAACGAAGACGAUUUGGGAAAUAUUUAA